AUGGCUAAUGUACUUUUGCUUUUGCCUGCUUUUUACAAACUUUACGUUAGCCUAGCCAAAUGCAAAUUCGAAAUAAACAAUAUUAAUUUUUUAAGCUUUAAAAUAACCAAGCGUAAAAUUAAAAAUUUACUAAACAAAUCGUUACAAUGCAAAAAUUACCGCGCUUUUAACGAACCUUUUUAA